GGGGGACACAGCGGCGAAUACGUUGAACAAGUCCCCUGUUUCACGGAGCUAAAGAUCCAGUAAGGACUUCACCCAGCAAGAGGCAACUACGCUGGGCUUCGAUGCCCAAGACCUCUGCAGAAAGGUGGAGUGGCAGGAAUCUCCUGAAGCCCCCAAUGUCCAAGGACGCGGAAACCCAGGGCCUCCAGUGCAGGUGUCAUCCUGGAGAGCGCCUGCGAAGUCCCAAAAGAGGCGCGUCCCAUUGGACAAUCCCGAGCGGAAGAGGCCAAGACAGCGGGGGGAGUUGUGACGGGCUGCUGCAGACGUACUUAGAAAAGGGGUGCAUACUGGAUAUUCAGGCCAGGAGAAGAACGCAAAAAGCAGUGACGUACAUUAUUCUCUGCAUGUUUACUUGGGAAAUCGUGCGUCUCCCUAUUCUGAGUCUCGGAGGAAUUGGACUGGUCUAACCCUAUGCAGGGAGCAGUAGAGCGCGGCAGUAUAGAGAGUACCUCACGAAGGGGACGUGGGAAAGCGUUAGCAGGGAACGCUGGGAAACUCCCGGCCUCCGCCACCAUCUUGCUUUCCUUUAAUCUGGCAGUGACCGUGUGUCAGAACAAUCUUGAAUCAUGAAGCUACUAACCAGAGCCGGGUCCUUCUCGAGAUUUUAUUCCCUCAAAGUUGCCCCCAAAGUUAAAGCCACAGCUGCGCCUGCAGGAGCACCGCCACAACCUCAGGACCUUGAGUUUACCAAGUUACCAAAUGGCUUGGUGAUUGCUUCUUUGGAAAACUAUGCUCCUAUAUCAAGAAUUGGUUUGUUCAUUAAAGCAGGCAGUAGAUAUGAGGACUCCAACAAUUUAGGAACCACCCAUUUGCUGCGUCUUACAUCCAGUCUGACGACAAAAGGAGCUUCAUCUUUCAAGAUAACCCGUGGAAUUGAAGCAGUUGGUGGCAAAUUAAGUGUGACCGCAACAAGGGAAAACAUGGCUUACACUGUGGAAUGCCUGCGGGGUGAUGUUGAUAUUCUAAUGGAGUUCCUGCUCAAUGUCACCACAGCACCAGAAUUUCGUCGUUGGGAAGUAGCUAACCUUCAGCCUCAGCUAAAGAUUGACAAAGCUGUGGCCUUUCAGAAUCCGCAGACUCAUGUCAUUGAAAAUUUGCAUGCAGCAGCUUACCGGAAUGCCUUGGCUAAUCCCUUGUAUUGUCCUGACUAUAGGAUUGGAAAAGUGACAUCAGAGGAGUUACAUUACUUCGUUCAGAACCAUUUCACAAGUGCAAGAAUGGCUUUGAUUGGACUUGGUGUGAGUCAUCCUGUUCUAAAGCAAGUUGCUGAACAGUUUCUCAACAUGAGGGGUGGGCUUGGUUUAUCUGGUGCAAAGGCCAAAUACCGUGGAGGUGAAAUCCGAGAACAGAAUGGAGACAGUCUUGUCCAUGCUGCUUUUGUAGCAGAAAGUGCUGUUGUGGGAAGUGCAGAGGCAAAUGCAUUUAGUGUUCUCCAGCAUGUCCUCGGUGCUGGGCCACAUGUCAAGAGGGGCGGCAACACCACCAGCCGUCUGCACCAGGCUGUUGCCAAGGCAACUCAGCAGCCAUUUGAUGUUUCUGCAUUUAAUGCCAGUUACUCAGAUUCUGGACUCUUCGGGAUUUAUACUAUCUCCCAGGCCACAGCUGCUGGAGAUGUUAUCAAGGCUGCCUAUAAUCAAGUAAAAACAAUAGCUCAAGGAAACCUUUCCAACACAGAUGUCCAAGCUGCCAAGAACAAGCUGAAAGCUGGAUACCUAAUGUCAGUGGAGUCUUCUGAGUGUUUCCUGGAAGAAGUUGGGUCCCAGGCUCUAGUUGCUGGUUCUUACAUGCCACCAUCCACAGUCCUUCAGCAGAUUGAUUCAGUGGCUAACACUGAUAUCAUAAAUGCUGCAAAGAAGUUUGUUUCUGGCCAGAAGUCAAUGGCAGCAAGUGGAAAUUUGGGACAUACACCUUUUGUUGAUGAGUUGUAAUACUGACGCACACAUUACAGGAGAGAGCUGAACAUUCUCUCAGCCCAGAGCAGCAAACACAUGAAAGUCAGAAGUCUCUAAUACAACAUUUGUCUUUUUUCCAGUGAGGUAAAAAUAAGGCAUAAAUGCAGGUAAUUAUUCCCAGCUGACCUAAAGUCAAUAAAACAUUCUGUUUAAGUGUU